GGGCGCCGAGGAGGUGGGCCGGCUGGCGGCUGUCACCCUGCCGGGGACGGGAGCGCGGAGCCGGGGAGCGCGCGAGCCACCGCCUCCCGGGCCUUGGGGGUGGAGCCGCGGCUGGAGGAGGAGGAGGAGGAGCCGCCGAGCAGCCGCCCGAGGACCACUGCUCGCCCGGGCUGCGGAGCACCGACGCCGGCCCCACGCCCGCCGCCCCGCGUCCGCCGCCGUCAGCAUGAUCGCCGCGCAGCUCCUGGCCUAUUACUUCACCGAGCUGAAGGAUGACCAAGUCAAAAAGAUUGACAAGUAUCUCUAUGCCAUGCGGCUCUCCGAUGAAACUCUAAUAGAUAUCAUGACUCGUUUCAAGAAGGAGAUGAAGAAUGGCCUCUCCCGGGAUUUUAAUCCAACAGCCACAGUCAAGAUGUUGCCAACGUUUGUAAGGUCCAUCCCUGAUGGUUCAGAAAAGGGAGAUUUCAUUGCCCUGGAUCUUGGCGGGUCUUCCUUUCGAAUUCUGAGGGUACAAGUGAAUCAUGAGCAAAACCAGAAUGUUCACAUGGAGUCCGAGAUUUACGACACCCCGGAGAACAUCGUGCACGGCAGUGGAAGCCAGCUUUUUGAUCACGUGGCUGAGUGCCUGGGAGACUUCAUGGAGAAAAGAAAAAUCAAGGACAAGAAAUUACCUGUGGGAUUCACGUUUUCUUUCCCUUGUCGGCAGUCCAAAAUAGACGAGGGCAUCCUGAUCACCUGGACAAAGAAAUUUAAAGCGAGUGGAGUGGAGGGAAUGGAUGUGGUGAAGCUGCUUAACAAAGCCAUCAAAAAGCGCGGGGACUACGAUGCCAACAUUGUGGCCGUGGUGAAUGACACGGUGGGGACCAUGAUGACCUGUGGCUAUGAUGACCAGCAGUGUGAAGUCGGCCUCAUCAUCGGCACUGGCACCAAUGCCUGCUACAUGGAGGAACUGAGGCACAUUGACCUGGUGGAAGGCGAUGAGGGGAGGAUGUGCAUCAACACAGAAUGGGGGGCCUUCGGGGACGACGGGUCGCUGGAAGACAUCCGCACUGAGUUCGACCGGGAGAUAGACCGUGGCUCUCUCAACCCUGGGAAGCAGCUGUUUGAGAAGAUGGUCAGUGGCAUGUACUUGGGAGAGCUGGUGCGACUGAUCCUGGUCAAGAUGGCCAAGGAGAGCCUCUUAUUUGAAGGGCGGAUCACCCCGGAGCUGCUCACCCGGGGGAAGUUCAAGACCAGCGAUGUGUCAGCCAUUGAGAAGAAUAAGGAAGGCCUCCACAAUGCCAAAGAAAUCCUGACCCGCCUGGGAGUGGAGCCAUCCGACGACGACUGUAUUUCAGUCCAGCACGUGUGUACCAUCGUCUCAUUUCGCUCUGCCAACCUGGUGGCUGCAACGCUGGGCGCCAUCUUGAACCGCCUCCGCGAUAACAAGGGCACACCCAGGCUGCGGACCACGGUUGGUGUCGACGGGUCUCUUUACAAGACGCACCCACAGUUUUCCCGGCGUUUCCACAAGACCCUGAGGCGCUUGGUGCCCGACUCCGAUGUGCGUUUCCUCCUCUCGGAGAGCGGCAGCGGCAAGGGGGCUGCCAUGGUCACCGCGGUGGCCUACCGCCUGGCCGAGCAGCACCGACAGAUCGAGGAGACCCUGGCCCACUUCCGCCUCACCAAGGACAUGCUGCUGGAGGUGAAGAAGAGAAUGCGGGCUGAGAUGGAUAUGGGCCUGAGGAAGCAGACGCACGAGAAGGCCGUGGUCAAGAUGCUGCCCUCCUUUGUCCGGAGCACUCCAGAUGGGACCGAGCAUGGUGACUUCUUGGCGCUUGAUCUUGGAGGAACAAAUUUCCGUGUCCUGCUGGUGAAAAUCCGCAGUGGGAAAAAGAGAACGGUGGAAAUGCACAACAAGAUCUAUGCCAUUCCCAUUGAAAUCAUGCAGGGCACCGGGGAAGAGCUAUUUGACCACAUCGUCUCCUGCAUCUCUGACUUCCUGGACUACAUGGGGAUCAAAGGCCCCAAAAUGCCUCUGGGCUUCACGUUCUCAUUCCCCUGCAAGCAGACAAGCCUGGAUGCGGGAAUCUUGAUCACCUGGACAAAGGGUUUUAAGGCAACCGACUGCGUGGGGCACGAUGUAGCCACAUUACUAAGGGAAGCAAUAAAAAGGAGAGAGGAAUUUGACCUGGACGUGGUGGCUGUGGUCAAUGACACGGUGGGCACCAUGAUGACCUGUGCUUACGAGGAGCCUACCUGCGAGGUUGGACUCAUCGUAGGGACCGGCAGCAAUGCCUGCUACAUGGAAGAAAUGAAGAAUGUCGAGAUGCUGGAGGGGAAUGACGGGCGCAUGUGCAUCAACAUGGAGUGGGGUGCCUUUGGGGACAACGGGUGUCUAGAUGAUAUCAGAACAAUCUAUGACAGACUGGUGGAUGAAUAUUCUCUAAACGCUGGGAAGCAAAGGUUUGAGAAGAUGAUUAGCGGUAUGUACCUGGGUGAGAUCGUCCGCAACAUCUUGAUCGACUUCACCAAGAAGGGGUUCCUCUUCCGAGGGCAGAUCUCUGAGACACUGAAAACCCGGGGCAUCUUUCAGACAAAAUAUCUUUCCCAGAUUGAGAGUGACCGGUUAGCGCUGCUCCAGGUGCGGGCCAUCCUGCAGCAGCUGGGCCUGAACAGCACCUGUGACGAUAGCAUCCUGGUCAAGACCGUGUGCGGGGUGGUGUCCAAGAGGGCUGCGCAGCUGUGCGGUGCGGGCAUGGCCGCCGUGGUGGACAAGAUCCGCGAGAACAGAGGGCUGGACCGCCUCAACGUGACUGUGGGCGUGGAUGGAACACUCUACAAGCUCCAUCCGCACUUCUCCGGAAUCAUGUACCAAACCGUGAAGGAACUGUCCCCAAAAUGUAACGUGUCCUUCCUCCUGUCCGAAGACGGGAGCGGCAAGGGCGCUGCCCUCAUCACGGCAGUGGGCGUCCGGCUCCGGGAAGAGGCGAGCAGCUAGGGGUACUGGCCCCCCGGCCCGCUGCCCCCCAGCACGCGUCUCUGCGGGCGGCCACCCCCGUCCCUCCCAGCGAGCUGGGCCGGGAGCCGCCCGCGCCAGAGCCCGCCUCCGCCGCAGCGGGAGGGGCCGCGAGCCAACUCCCGGCGCAUAACGUAGGGUACAAAAUAGAGCGUGUGCUGUUGAUAAUCUCUCCCCACUCCGGCCCCUCCUCGCCUGCCCUGCCGCUCUGCAUGAUCCGAUUUCAACCUGGUCGUCCGCUCCCCACGUGUGAAGUGUAGUGGCGCCCAUUUCCAGUUUCUGCAUUCGUCCGACAGAGUUAUUUAUUGGCCCGAGAUGAAAAGUCACGCCAUCUGACAGGCCUUAGGGGCCUCCGCAGCCCGUCCUUGGGGACCCAUACCCCGUGUGAAAUGUAUUAUCACCAGCAGACACUGCCGGGACUCCUCCUCCCAGGGGCAUCUUAGCGGCUUCCUCCCGUCCCAGCCCCCACUGCUGUCUGGCGUCCCGAGGUUCCCAUCGAGACGUGUCCGUGCCACUGAAUCGUGUGUCCGUGGAACUGGUCAGAGCCACGUUGUGACAGUCUUGCCUUCUGUCUGUCUUGGGGGUGGGGGGAGGUGGGCAGUUCUGUGGGAAAAUGUCUUGUCUCCAUUUGGGUAAAAGGAACGAAACCAACAAACAGUGCCCUCGUUGGAAUUCCCCAUUGCUUUUGUGAGCCACGUUGUAUGACCUAGUAAACUUUGUACCAAUUCAAAGA